AUGACGACUGUUGUAAGCACAUCCAAUUCUGAAGUAUCAACACCAGCAAGUUAUGUAUCUCGUUGGAUUGCUCAAAGUCAUGGAAAAUAUCAAAAGAAAAAUCAUCAUCAUCAUCAUCAUCAAUAUUAUUCUCCAAGUUAUGACUAUCAAACAAGAACAUCAACAUCAGCAACUACAACAAUAUCAAUUAUUAAAAUUCCUACAACAUCAACAUCAAAUUCACAUAUGACAACAUGGGAAGCACAAGCAAAGACACGUUCCGAUGGUAGUACUAUUAAUAUUUCUACGACUUCAGAUUCAUUUUUCAAUACAUUACCUAUUGUUAAUCAUACGCAUAACAAUAGUAAUAAUGAUUUACAAGAAAAAUUGAAUCGUGUUAGAGCUUUACUUGAUGCUAAAAAACAACGUCUUUGUCGUCAUGUGUCGUCCGCGUCACCUUCAUCAACGACAACAAUUAUUCCUCUUACAACUCUUCCUUUACAAGAUCAAGUGUAUAAUGCAACAACAGUAGGAGAUCAAUCCUCAUCUCCUCCUCUAUCUUCACCAGAAGCACUUGAGAAUGUUUAUCAUUCGCACGACGAAUGCAUAUCGUCGUCAAAUUGCAGUUAUCUCUAUAAUUCAUGUCAACAUCAUCAUAAUCAACCAUCGAUUUUACCCUGUCUUGUGGAAGAAUCACCAAGUGAUUCAGGUUUAAGUGAUGCAACAAAAACAACCAAUCAUGAUGAUAUUAAUGAAUUAACAACGAAAAAUGCUGCUAUUAUUGAUUUAAGCAAACCUCUGAGUAAAGAGGAAAUGCUUGCUAUUAUGCAAAUUAUCCGAGAAUUAUGGAAAAAACAAUUUGAUUGUGAAAUACCUGAUGUAGCGAUAAAACAACCCGUAAUAACAUCAUUUAAACGAAUAGGAGAAAUGGCACAUACAAUUCCAACUAAUACUAAUAAUAAUAGAGCUCAAUAUCAAUCAGCACCUGUCUUAAACAAAUUAAAUGCAGAAUUAAAUGAUAUUAAAGAUAAGAUAAAAAAAUUUUCAUCAGAACAUCAACAAAAACCUUCAACAGUAAUUAAAUCAAUUGAAUCAGACAAUAACCAUGUGGAUGUUGAUCAUAGUACAUGUUAUAAUGAUUCCGGUUUUGUUCUAAUUGGUGCACCAUUAUCUGCGAGAGAUCUUGAACGAAUGCAAAUGAAAAAAGAAGCAUUACUUCGUCGACAAAUUCAACGUCGUGAACAAAUAUUAAAGAGAAGAACUGAACGACAAGCUGAGGCAGCUGAACGUCAUGAUGAAUAUCGUUUAUUUGAAGAAUAUUUAGCUCAACGAAGACAAGAAGAUGAACAACGUCGUAUAAAUAUUCUGCAAGCUCAUCUAGAACAAAAACGUCGUGAAGCUGAUCCACCAUCAUCACAUGAUUAUUAUUUUGCAGCAGCACGUAAUCGUCUGAAAAGAAAAGCUUCAGUAACAUCAUUUCUUUCAUUGGAUGAUGAUCUUAGUUGUACUGGUUCAUUGAAUAUAACUGGAACACCAAAACGAAGUUCAACACGAUUUGAUUUUAUGUCACCAAGUAUAACAGCACCAACAGCUGCAUCAAAAUCAAAAAUGAAUCGUGCUGCAAGUAUAUGUAGUAUAAAUGGAUGUUAUGAUUCAUCGACAUCAUUGAAUUCGAAAUCAGUUCUACCAACAAGUUUAUUUGGAGGAAGUUUAAUGAAUCUUUCAAAAUUUCAAACACCUAAAAAGAAAACAUUAAAUUUAAUGGAUGAUUCAUUUUGUGAAUCAGUAACAUCAUUAGCAACUUCAGCAACAGCACGACUUACUCGAAGUCAAACAUUAUUAACAACAAAAUCAAAUAAACAAGCGAUUAUUAAUUCACUUAAGCAAGUUGCACUUGCUGGUCCAGCUAAUGAACGACAACGUGAAAUAAUGAUUCGAGAAAUUGAAUCAAGUGAUGCGCGACAUUUUGUUCUUUUGUUUCGUGAUCAUCGUCUACAAUUUCGUGCUGUGUAUAUGUAUAUUGCAGAAACUGAUAUGAUUGAAAAAUUACAUGGUAUUGGUCCAAAUAUAAUAACAGAAAUUAUGGUAGAUAAAUGGUAUAAAUAUAAUUCUGGAAGUAAACGUUUUACUAAUAUACCGAUAAAACAUUUCUCAAUUCAAUGUGAUGCUGUGGUUAUUUACAAUGAUUUCUGGCAAAAAAAACUACAUAUGAAUAAAUUACAUUAA